AUGUAUUGCCUUACCCGAGCCCUGGACCUGUGCUGCAGAGGACGAGUUAUGAAAGCAAUGUGGGUUUCAAAGCAUCUCUGGACAGUUAUAAAGAAAGGACGGCAUGGCUUGUUCCGCAGCCCCUUGGUGUGCCCCCCGGAGCUCCAGCACCGCUUUCUCCACUGCACCUGCUGCCGGACGAGUCACAUCGCUUCUGCGGACAUCGAUCUCCUCAACCCGUCUCAGCCCUGCCUGGAUAGCAAGCACGAUAAACCGCUGGAUGCGUGUUACACACCGGAGCAGCGCGCUGUCAUUCUGCGGGUCCUGAACACCGCCUCCGAGAGCGAGCUGGCUUCUGUGAAGAUGCUCCGGGGAAGGAAAUCGAGCAACAUAAUCGAGUACAGAACGAGGAACGGACCUUUUAAAGACCUGCACAGCGUCAUGAACGUACCGCUCCUAAAACAUAAAACCACAGCGGUCGUGUUCAACUCCAUUCUCAACCCGGCUGACCGGAGCGAAAGGAGGAAGCCUAAAGUCCAGGCUGUCAAGUUCAUCAAACCACAGAUGGAAAGGAAUAGGCUUGAGGAGGCAAGCAGUGUAGUUUCUGUAGUGUUUGGAACCAACAGGAUUGCCUGGGCUCACCUGGAGCGGGGGCGGAGAGUGCUGGAGUGGCAGCAGGAGCAAUGUGACAGGUUUCUGAGAGGACCUUAUCAGGCAUCCGUCUACUUGGAGGAUAUUUCUCCAGUGGUGGCCAAGAUCCCAGAAGCAGACUUCUUCAUUCUGGAGAAGCCGGGGAUAUCCCUACAGAACACUAACCUGUUCCCCAUCAUGCUGCACCUGCGCACAGUGGAAGCCAUGCUGUACUCCCUGCUGGGGGUCCGCUACCAACAGGACGGGCAGCAGAGAGUGCUGAGCAUGGCGCGCACGGCCGUGGGCAAGCACUUCGAACUGAUGGUUGGGGAGUCCAGGACCAGUGGUGCGGAACUGGUGCGGCAGCUCCUGUCGGACUCUGUGACGCAGAAGCACCCGCGGGUGGCCUUCCCCCAGAGCAUGGUGGUGCGCUACAGGAACAUGUUCCAGCUGGGAGCGAGGAACCACAGGGAGGAGAUGUGCGACGCGCUGCUGCAGGCCCUGGCUUUUUACGAGCUGCUUGCGGGAGACUGAUCAGGGUUUCCUGAAAGACAAGAUGCUUGCAUCCGUUCGUGUUGGGUAGUGCAAACACAGCUAUUAUCCUGUUGGACGAUUGGUACAAACUGUCACAGCGACACCGUAUUGGAGACUGUGUCACAAGCUGCUCUUCUGUGAUCCUCUGGUCAACCCUUGGACAAGGUUUUUGUAACUUUAUAAGAAUGUUUUAGAAGAUACAGUGGUAAUAAAACAAAUCUGAGAGGACAGUUUUUGUUGAACAGUAUUUUAAUUCAGUAAAUCCAGUCUAACCCCACAACAAACUUGCCUGUGAUCAUUUUGUUGUAUUUUACAGCUGGAAGGGUUGGGGCUGACUAUGUAUCUAGGUAGGUAGGAAGUAAUUACCCAUUGUAUGGUAAAUAAAAUAUGUACAUUAAGGAUUACAGUUACUAUGUACACAGAGAGACAAGAAACUUCUAAUGCGUCUUGUAUAAUUUUUAUAUUUUUUACAUUAAGAAAUGCUACAUUCUUCAAUAUAAAAAUAUAAUUACAUGAUUAAUAGAUUAUAAAAUGUUGGUUGCUGUCAAAUAGCAAAUGAAAUUUAUUUCUGCAAGUACAAAUAAAACUACACACACAUUUAUAAAAUGCCACGCACAAUCCCCAACAGUACACAAUAAAACAACUCUACAGAAAGACAACUAUACAUACAAAACACGCAUUGGUAACAAAAACUUUAAAAUGCUGCAAUAAAAAAAAAAAAAAACAAUCAUAACUUAGACAAAAUAACUUUACACUCUCC